UGGGAGCGUGGGUGGGCGUGGCCGAGGGCGGGGAGGUACGGCGCGCCGGCGCGUGUCCAUUGGUCGGCUCGGCGAGGGGAGGAGCCGCUGGCUCCCGCAGGUCCCGCCGCCGCGAUGAGCUUCAGCCGCCUGUGCCGACUGCUGAAGCCGGCGCUGCUGUGCGGGGCUCUGGCCGCGCCCGGCCUGGCCGGCACCAUGUGCGCCUCUCGCGACGACUGGCGCUGUGCGCGCUCCAUGCACGAGUUUUCAGCCAAGGACAUCGACGGGAACACGGUUUGCCUGGACAAGUACCGGGGCUUCGUGUGCAUCGUCACCAACGUGGCCUCGCAAUGAGGCAAAACUGACGUAAACUAUACUCAGUUUGUCGACCUGCACGCCCGAUACGCUGAGUGCGGUUUACGGAUCCUGGCUUUCCCCUGCAACCAGUUUGGGAGGCAGGAGCCAGGAACUAACGCAGAGAUCAAGGAGUUUGCUGCCGGCUAUAAUGUCAAAUUCGACAUGUACAGCAAGAUCUGUGUGAACGGGGAUGACGCCCACCCGCUGUGGAAGUGGAUGAAAGUCCAGCCCAAGGGCAGGGGCAUCCUGGGAAAUGCCAUCAAGUGGAACUUCACCAAGUUCCUCAUCGACAAGAACGGCUGCGUGGUGAAGCGGUAUGGUCCCAUGGAGGAGCCCCUGGUGAUAGAGAAGGACCUGCCCUGCUAUCUGUAGCUCCACAAGUGCGUGCCCCUGCCCGAGCCCCCUGCGUGCGCCCCCGGAACCUUCCACCCGGCACCCAUGACGGUCUGCCUGUAAACCUGCCACGGUGGGGCUGACCCGAGAACCUGGCGUGCACCCGCCGGAGGAAGGUCCCGCAGCCCCGCUGGGCUCCAGCUCGGUGCCCCUUCCUUGGCUGCCUUUUGGGAAUAAAACAAAGAAAUGGG